AUCAAGAGUCAUUGCCUCACGUGUUUUAAAGAAUAAUAAUCAAAAAUGCAUCAAAUUGAUGGCCGGAACACAAAGAUGUGUCUCCAGAUCACCAUUAUUUGAUUUUACCGAAGAAGAAGUCAUGAUGCGUAAUCUUGUUCAAGACUUUUGUAAACAAUCACUUCCGUGGGAGCUUGUUUCCAAGAUGGACAAGGAAUCAAAACUUGACCCAAAAUUGUUGGAUUCAUUGUUUGAAGUUGGAUUAAUGGGUAUUGAAAUUCCAGAGGAAUUUGGUGGCAGUGGAGCUAAUUUUACUUCUUCAAUUAUUGCAAUUGAAGAAUUGGCCAAAGUUGAUCCUUCAAUUUCUGUCAUUGUUGACGUUCAAAAUACUUUGGUUAAUAAUUUGGUUCGUAAUUAUGGUAAUAAGGAACAACAAGAAAAGUAUUUGACUCUUCUUGCUACUAAAGGUCUUGGAUCUUUCUGUUUAUCUGAAGCAAGCUCAGGUUCUGAUGCAUUCUCAUUAAAGACCAAGGCUGAACUCCAAUCUGAUGGAUCCUAUGUUUUGAAUGGUACCAAAUGUUGGAUUACCUCUUCACAAGAAGCAUCUUUCUAUAUCGUUAUGGCCAAUACUGAUUUCUCUAAGGGAUACAAGGGUAUUACUGCCUUUUUGGUUGACAAGACUAAUCCUGGUGUCAAGAUUGGUAAGAAGGAAGAUAAGCUCGGUAUUAGAGCUUCAUCAACAUGUGAAGUUAUUUUGGAAGAUUGUAAAGUUGGCCCAGAAUCAAUUCUUGGAGGUGUUGGUAAGGGUUACAAGAUUGCUAUUGAAAUGCUCAAUGAAGGUAGAAUUGGUAUUGCUGCUCAAAUGAUUGGUUUGGCUCAAGGUGUCUUUGAUUACACAAUGCCAUACUUAAAGUCUCGUAAGCAAUUUGGUACUCCAAUUGCUGAUUUCCAAAUGAUGGAAUAUCAUUACAGUAAACUUGCUACUGAAAUUGAAGCUGGUAGAUUAAUGGUUUAUAAUGCUGCCAGAAUGAAGGAAGCUGGACAAGUAUUUACUAAGGAAGCUGCUAUGGCCAAGUUUUACACCUCAGAAGUUGCUGGAAAUGUUGCAACCAAGUGUAUUGAAAUGUUGGGUGGUGUGGGAUUCUGUCGUGAUUUCAGUGCUGAGAAAUAUUAUAGAGAUUGUAUUAUUGGUAAGAUUUAUGAAGGUACCAGUAAUAUCAACUUGGUCACCAUUGCCAAACAUGUAAAAAAGCAAUACGAUUAAUUUCUUAAUAAAUUAAUUUAUUUU